UUUCUCCCCACACUGGCAUUUCGGUGACCAGGAAACCGCUGACUCGACAGAGCUUUUUCCACCGAUCCUUUUUAUUAUUAUUAUUUUUGCUCCCUUGCGUAUUUUGACGUCCUCCGAACACAGAGCCUCCGAAUCCGACCCCCUCACCCGCGAUAACGACAGCUUCGAACUCCCAUCGGCAUCACCGCCUCACGGCCCCGUCCAACCGUUUUCCACCAUGAAGAUUGUCGCCUAGAGCUUAAGACUCGGUGCAGUUAGGUUUUCAUGAACGAUGGAUCACUCAAUCCAGCGGUUGUUGAAUGAUAAGCUCUAUGACCGGAGGAAACAGGGAGCCUUAGAGCUCGAGAAGGUCGUUCGCGAUUCUGCAUUUCGAGGGGAUCAUGAAGUCAUCCAAAAAAUCGUCGACCAGCUUUGUCACGACUAUGCCUACGCCGUCCAUCAACCUCAUGCUAGAAAUGGUGGUUUAAUCGGGCUAGCUGCAGCUUCGAUAGCUUUGGGAUCUGAGGGUGUUGCACCUUAUCUGAAAGAGAUCGUACCGCCGGUACUAGCUUGUUUCUCCGAUCAGGAUGCAAGGGUCAGAUAUUAUGCUUGCGAAAGCAUGUAUAAUAUCGCAAAAGUCGCUAAGGGAGAAAUACUGCUUUUCUUUAAUGAUAUAUUCGAUGCGCUAAGCAAGCUUGCUUCGGACUCUGAACUCUCCGUGAAAAAUGGCGCGGAACUGCUUGAUCGACUUGUCAAAGAUAUUGUCUCUGAAUCUGCUGCCCACCACGUUUCAGUUCUGCAACUCUCCGAAAAGAACGCCUCGGAUCCUGAGGGUCUAGCAGAGGCAGACCUGCCAACCGCCUUUUCGCUUCCGAAGUUUAUACCUCUGCUGAAAGAGCGAAUUCAUGUUAUCAGUGCAUUUACAAGAACAUUCUUGGUAUCAUGGCUCACUUUGCUAGAUACGAUUCCAGAUCUAGAGCUAGUGUCUUACUUACCAGAGUUCCUCGGAGGAUUGAUCAAAUUUCUAGGCGCCCCAAACAGGGAUGUGAAUGUUGCCACUCAAAGCCUUCUUGACAGGUUCCUGGCUGAAAUUAAAAGAAUCGCACGCGUCAAGAAAGGACUAGAAGAAAGCCGUAAGGGGCAAGGAGGCGACAAUCGACAGUCUAUUGCGAGUGAUAGCGCGAGCAUGACUACAGAUCAGACCGUCGCCCUUGAUACCGAGUCCCAUGAGAACGCGAUCGAAGAUUCUGAGGCUGGUUCUGUCCUCGACGAAGAUGGGCUGCAUGUUGAUGGUGACUGGAUUCCAGGACAAGAUGUCCAAAUUGACUAUCCAAGAAUUCUGGAUAUUCUCGUAGGCUUCGUCGACACGUCUUUCGAUGAGGAGAUGCAAUUAACUGCAUUGCGUUGGGUCGAUAGCUUUUUCGAAAUUAGCCCCGAAGAUAUUCUUCCCUUCGUCCCACGUCUCCUAACGCAGGUGCUUCCAGCAAUGUCCAGCGGCUCGGACCAGGUACGGCAGGCUGCCAACCGUGUCAAUACGUCCCUUCUUGAAUAUAUUGUCACCCUUUCUGAAGACUUCGACGAAUCCCGCCAAAUGGCGUCCUCAAAGUUAUCCAAUACUAUCACUAAGGAAUUUGAUGAAAGAAGAGGGUCUACACCAAGCAGUAGACCCGAAGCACCUUCAAUUGAUUCCAAGAAGCCAUCGCCCCGGAGUAGUAUCAUCUCUACAGCUCCAUUACCUCCCGCAGACCUUGAUUAUGCAGCCGCUGUUAAUUCUCUCACUCUGCAAUUUCUCAACGAAAAUGAAGCUACAAGAGUUGCCGCCCUCUCGUGGCUUAUCAUGCUACACCGUAAAGCCCCUAAGAAGGUUGUUGCAUUUAAUGACGGGACUUUCCCAGCUCUACUGAAGACGCUUUCCGACCCAGCAGAGGCUGUCGUUACAAAAGACCUCCAACUCCUCUCUCAGAUAUCGAGGAAUAGUGAGGACAGCUACUUCAAGUCAUUCAUGGUCAACCUCCUCCAGCUUUUCUCGACGGACAGAAAUCUACUGGAAGUCCGUGGCAAUCUCAUCAUUCGACAACUUUGCAUGAAUUUGAGCCCAGAGCGUAUAUAUCGAACCCUUGCUGACUGUCUGGAGAAAGAAGAGGACAUCGAAUUUGCGAGUAUCAUGGUCCAGAAUUUGAAUAACAACUUAAUUACUGCGCCAGAGCUUUCAGAGCUACGAAAGCGAUUACGCAAUGUAGACUCGAGGGAAGGCCAAACAUUUUUCAUGGCGCUAUUCAGGUCUUGGUGUCACAAUGCAGUCUCGACCUUCUCUCUUUGUCUGCUUGCGCAAGCCUAUGAACAGGCAUAUAAUCUCCUCCAGGUUUUUGCUGAACUUGAAAUGACAGUCAAUAUGUUGAUUCAAAUUGACAAGUUGGUCCAACUCUUGGAGUCCCCUGUCUUUACCUACCUUCGUCUCCAGCUCCUCGAACCUGAAAGAUACCCAUACCUGUAUAAGUGCCUUUUCGGGGUCCUCAUGCUUCUCCCCCAAAGUUCGGCGUUUGCAGCACUUAAAAACCGCCUAAAUAGUGUCAGCAACAUCGGUCUCCUCCACACAGGACCUCGCUUAACCACCAUGACAUCAGCUUCCUCCUCGUCCUCGUCUUCCGCAACAUCCACCUACGACCGCUCCGCCAACCGCCUCAAACAACGCGAAGAAAGCUCCAUCCGCUGGGUCGAACUCCUCGAGAAAUUCAAGACCGUCCAAGAAAAGGCCCGACGCUCCCAACGCGUCGCCUCCCAGCGACCCUUCGAGCAAGACCUCCUGCAACCCUCGACACUAACCUCGGCGCUCUCCGCCGCCGACCAAGCCCGCGGCAUUGGGAUCGGCGUCGGCAGGGAAAAGAGUCUCCCUGAGACUCCAAGAGCCGGAUUCGGAGGCGGAGCGUCGGGCCGCGCUUCCCCCGCCGAAGGCGCAAGCGGACAAAAGGGCACCCCGAGACAGAAAUCGGGGCUUCCCAAUCUAGGUCGGUUGGGGAUUGGAGGGCGGAGGAAUAAGCGGUGAUUGGAUGACUUCGUUUUUCUCUUUCUCUUCUGUCUCUUCCUUUCCCUGUGUGUACGUUGUUCUAUUCCUUCUUGCGGUGAUACCAAUAUGCAGUUGCUGAGAAGAAGGGGG